UACUAGGGAUUUGAGACCUGGGGUGGAGGGUGUGGAAGGAACAGAUCAGGAGUACAAGAUUACAGUGGAUGGAGGGUCUGGGGGUUACCUGUACUCUCCCUAGCCCCAGCACCCUCCCCGCCCCCAGUCUCCACCUUAUCCCUCUGUGCCUCCUCCUCCUCUGGAGCGAACCCCCUCCUUCUGUUGCAGGGGCCCAGAGCCGCAACCAAGAGGAGCGUCUGCUUGCGGACCUGAUGCGAAACUACGACCCCCACCUGCGGCCGGCUGAGCGCGACUCAGAUGUGGUCAAUGUCAGCCUGAAGCUUACCUUGACCAACCUCAUCUCCCUGAAUGAACGAGAGGAGGCCCUCACAACUAACGUCUGGAUAGAGAUGCAAUGGUGCGACUAUCGCCUGCGCUGGGACCCAAAAGACUACGAAGGCCUGUGGAUAUUGAGGGUGCCAUCUACUAUGGUCUGGCGGCCAGAUAUCGUCCUGGAGAACAAUGUGGACGGUGUCUUCGAGGUGGCUCUCUACUGCAAUGUCCUCGUGUCCCCCGACGGUUGUAUCUACUGGCUGCCGCCUGCCAUCUUCCGCUCCUCCUGCUCCAUCUCUGUCACCUACUUCCCCUUCGAUUGGCAGAACUGUUCCCUCGUCUUCCAAUCCCAGACUUACAGCACCAGUGAGAUCAACUUGCAGCUGAGCCAGGAGGAUGGGCAAGCCAUUGAGUGGAUCUUCAUUGACCCGGAGGCUUUCACAGAGAAUGGGGAGUGGGCCAUCCGGCACCGACCGGCUAAAAUGCUCCUGGACUCCGUGGCUCCUGCAGAGGAGGCGGGCCACCAGAAGGUGGUGUUCUACCUGCUUAUCCAGCGCAAGCCCCUCUUCUACGUCAUCAACAUCAUCGCCCCCUGUGUGCUCAUCUCCUCAGUCGCCAUCCUCAUCUACUUCCUUCCUGCUAAGGCGGGCGGGCAGAAAUGCACAGUGGCCACCAACGUGCUCCUGGCCCAGACUGUCUUCCUUUUCCUUGUGGCUAAGAAGGUGCCUGAGACCUCCCAGGCAGUGCCACUCAUCAGCAAGUACCUGACCUUCCUCAUGGUGGUGACCAUCCUCAUCGUCGUGAACUCUGUGGUCGUGCUCAAUGUGUCCUUGCGGUCCCCCCACACACACUCCAUGGCCCGUGGGGUCCGCAAGGUGUUCCUGAGGCUCCUGCCCCAGCUGUUACGGAUGCAUGUGCGCCCACUAGCUCCAGCUGCUGUCCAGGAUGCCCGGUUCCGACUCCAGAAUGGCUCUUCCUCAGGGUGGCCCAUCAUGGCUCGAGAGGAAGGGGACCUCUGUCUGCCUCGAAGCGAACUCCUCUUUAGGCAAAGGCAGCGCAAUGGAUUAGUGCAGGCAGUAUUGGAGAAGCUAGAGAAUGGUCCAGAAGUGAGGCAGAGCCAGGAGUUCUGUGGCAGCCUGAAGCAAGCCUCCCCAGCCAUCCAGGCCUGUGUGGAUGCCUGUAACCUCAUGGCUCGUGCCCGACGCCAGCAGAGUCACUUUGACAGUGGGAACGAGGAGUGGUUGCUGGUGGGCCGAGUGCUGGACCGAGUCUGCUUCCUAGCCAUGCUCUCCCUCUUCAUCUGUGGCACUGCUGGCAUCUUCCUCAUGGCCCACUACAACCAAGUGCCUGACCUGCCGUUCCCCGGAGACCCCCGCCCCUACCUGCCUUUGCCAGACUGAGCCAACCAAUCCCUCCUGGGCCCUGGAGUCAGCUAUGAGGGCCAUGCUGUUUGUAGAGCUGUAUCCCGUGUUGAUGCUGAGUGUGCUCUUGGGGAAAUACCCAAGGCUUCCUGGGAGAAGAUAGAGAAAUAAAGAGACAGAGGGGGAUUUCUGCA